GUCUAUGCCAUCGGGUUAUCUAGAACCAGAUUAGACAUUUUUUAGGAGUAAUGGUUAAAGAGCUAUUGAAAUGUGAAAAAUUAGAUUUGUCACUAUGUUGACGGUCCCUAACUGCUGUUGUUGGACGUAAGUAAACUACAGGCGAAUAUUCAACCUGAAACUGGUUUUACCUCGGUUGUAAAAUUAUGUAUAAUUGCAGGAAAUGCGUUUAUAAAAGGCCACAUUUUUCCCGGACCCCUAGGCUACUAAAAAAUGUUACCCAUGUACGCAAGUUUUGUAAGUGCCUCUACUGCUCUAUGCCACUACGGUAAUGCGAUGAUAUGCAUGCAAUGUUGAAAAAAAUAUAUAAUAAUGUAUGCCUUGCCUACGAGUACUUCAGCUCCCCAGGUCACACCCCUUUCGCGCUCACUUUUUGUUCCGUCGCUUCCCGAUUUGCACAUUUAAGCACUGAUUGUCAGUGUAUGUACUUUACCUGUAGGUAGGCUUUAUGUGACUGAUAACAUUUACAGCAUAUGUUCCAAAAUAAAACGUUUAACGGAGUUAAGAACAUAUCGUAAACUCACUCCACAACAAGCUUGAAAUGUCACGGAUGGAGCAGUCCAAUUGGUACCGUUUGGGUGGCUCAACCGAUAUGUUCAUGGGUGGCUGUCACGAUAUGUUCCUAAAUCCGUUACACAUGGCAUUUUUAUUACAUUUUUGUACAUGUUGGCACAUAUGCUGUACAUGUUAUCAGUGCGAAGCAGAGGAUCACUGGUUGAGACCAGUAUGGGGCAGUCGUACAGUGGAGGUUAACUUGAAGAAGAAUGGCGACGAAGGAGAUGGCAGCCGGUUUACGAUCCCGUAACCAAUUGUGCUAUUGUGUUUUUGUAAACAUUUCACUGUAAAUUCGGUAUUCGGCGCAUGUGACAAAUAAAAUUAGAUUUGAACCUAACCCCCUUUACACACGAUACCGCUCCGUUCUGCUGAUCGAGGGACUGAGCUCAUUGAUCCAGAGAGGAAAUCGAGCACAUAACAUUUUGAUUACAACUGCUGGGACUAGUUUGAUUAUUUCAAUGUAAAUAUAAUCUCCUAUAGGCCUACAUACAGCAUUUUGAAAGACACUGAGUUUAUAACAUCCUAAUACCUAUCAACAUUGGAUGUUAUACCAUUUAUAUUUAAAUUAUUUUAUACCAAUUCCUCAAGAUAAAGAGGUAUGAAGCGUACUUAGAACUAGGAUAAAUGUAGCCUCUAUACCUAUUUGUAUGUACAAUAACAAAUAAACAUAGGACGUCACUAUAAAUAAAUGUUCUUCUUAUGCAACAUACAAAUGUAUGUAUAUGUGUGAUAGAUUAUAGACUGAGCUAGACGCAUCAACAUCCGUUUUAAACACUAACGGUUGGGGUUCUUGAACGUUCCCCAUAUUUCCUCACCCGAUGUCAACGCCCCGGACCCGAACACCUACAGUCGGAUUCUAACACCAGGAAAUAAACGGUACAGCUGAUAAACCUUUUACGGUAAAUUCAACAGUAGGUCCGACCUACUUGGUACUUUCAACAAUACGGAUGUCCCCCCCCCCCCCCUCCCCCCCUGGCUCAAGGGUUGCUGAGAAAAAUCUGCAUAUAUUUCCAUACCUGCAAGGAAACAAUGGUGCCAGUACUGUAGACUACAUUGAUCCUUGAGCCAGCUGAGAGUUGGAGAUGCCUCUAUUCCGUGCCAUGAUGGAGCCCAGGGCUGCGAAACGGGCAGUGAGAAAGAGGAAGAUUAGAGGACGAGGAAGAUGGGAGGAGGAUGAUGAUCACCCUCCCCGACUGACCCAGCUUUGUCUGUGGAACUUGGCGGAGAACAUGAAGGAAAUGUGGGUCAAAGACUACGCUGACAACUACAUGGAUCAGUACUUCUUCAGAUAUGUCAUGGGCCCCUUCACCCUGCUGCCGGCUGAGCUGGUAGAGGAGCUCCUGUCUGUCCUGUCCUCCAGGUGUGAGUUGUCCCGUGCGGCGCUACACCUCCUGUUGAUCCCUCAGCUCAGAACCCUAUCUCUUGGGGGCCACUCUGCUCUGGUCACCCCCAGCCUCUGCACCCUCAUCGGGAUUCGCUGCCAGAGCCUGCAUUCCAUGGACCUCUCUGGAGCCCAGCAGGUGUCUGCCCAUGUCCAGUGUGACCUGCUGCGUUGUCUGCCUUCCCUGCGCUCCCUCUCUCUGGCUGGCACCCCUUGUGACAGACAGGUUGUGGAGGUGGUUGCCCGCCACUGCCCCGCGCUGCGCCACCUCGACGUGUCCCGCUGCCAAUUCCUGCCCCCCGCAGGCCUGCUCUGCCUGAGGGGUUCCUCCUGCGCCUCCCCACCCCCCCUCAGCAGCCUGCUGGCUCUGGAUGUGGGCUUUGGGGAGGGGGAUGAAGACGGGGUGGCUGCCGUGGCCUUCCUCCUGCUCUCCCUGCCGUGGCUGGAGAGAGUGGCAAUGGAGGGCCUGGGGGAGGCCUGUGGCCUCAUACACAGCAGGGAGUUCGGAGGGACUGAGGAGUUCACGACCAAUGAGGGGCUGCCCAGUCUCUGGGAGGUGUGGAGGGAGAGGAGGCAGAGUGGGAGGGCCACAGACACAGGCGGCAUAUCAGGAGCGGAUGUGGAGGAAAUUGAAGAGGAGGAAAAUGACAACCGUUUCUCGUGGGCGAGUGAGGGUGAGAGUGAGGAUGAGGGUACAGGUGAGGAGACAAGGGGAGUUGGAGGUGGAAGAGGUGACGCCCAGAUGAGAUCAAGGAAGGAAAUAGAAGAAGACAGUGUUGAGAAAGGAAGAGAAGAGGGAGUGGGGGGGGCAGGGGGUGAGGGCUUUACCUUACGUCUAAGGGAGGCGCAGGGCAUGUCUGGUGGGACUCUGGAGGCUGUAAGUCAGCUUUGCCCCGAGCUGCGCUCUAUAUCACUGGACUGUGAGGAGGGUGGGCCUAGCCAGGGGUCUUGUCUCGCUGCAGGCCUGGCCAGGUGGGCAGGCCAGCUGAGGGGACUCUCUGUGCGCUUCACAGGGCCCCUGGAUGAGCUGCUGCCUGCCCUGCGUGCUAUGAAGGGCUCCCUGGUUUCUCUCACCCUGGAAGGGGUCAGAACCAGCUCUCAGACACCCAUGCUGGAGCUCCUUCACGCCUGUCCCAGGCUGAGGAGCCUCGUCGUCCACGCUGAGCCUCCUUUAGCCCCCCAGGAGGAAGAGGAGGAGGAGGAGGACGAGGACAGGGAUCUACCCUGUCUACCACAACUGUGCUCUCUCUCCCUAAACUUCUCCUAUGACCAGCGCCAGAUGAAGACCGUCAUGUCCUGGAGGUCUCUGGAGGGGGCGCUGUGGUGCGUACUAUCCGGCUCUCCCCUCCUGGAGAGGGUCUCUCUGGUGGCAGUGCCUUGUCCGCUGGAGCCUGUGUUCCAGAAGCUUCUGAAGCGCCCCACCGCCCGACCCAACAGCCCUCCACUACAACAACUAUGCCACCUCAGUCUUGUCCGCAGUGACGUUUCCAUGGAGACGGCGUCGGGCCUGAUGACCAUCAACAGGCGUCUGAGCAGCCUGGACCUGAGAGGAUGCUGGGCAGUGAGCCUAGACAACGUGAGGCAGCUACAGAGGACAGCCACCAGGAGGCAACGUUGUAUCACUAUCACCUGGACAUGAUGUGCUUUACAUCUGCCAGACAGGGGCACCCUCAUUUACACAUACUGUGUGUUUGGGGCAAAUCCAACACAUCACUGAGUACCACUCUUGAUAUUUUCAAACAUGGUGGUGGCUGCAUCAUGUUAUAUGUAUGCUUGUCAUCGGCAAAAACUAGGACGUUUUUUUUUAAAUAAACAGAAUAGAGCUAAGCACAGUCAAAAUCCUAGAGGAUAACCUGGUUCAGUCUGCUUUCCAACAGACACUGGGAGACGACAUCACCUUUAAGCAGGACAAUAACCUAAAGCAUAAGGCCAAAUAUACACUGGAGUGGCCUAGUUAGAGUUUUGAUUUAAAUCAGCUUGACAAUGGCUGUCUAGCAAUGAUCAACAACCAACUUGACAGAGCUUGAAGAUUUUUUUUCAAGAAGAAUGUGCAAAUAUUGUGCAAAGCUUCUAGAGACCUACCCAGAAAGACUCACCUCUGUAAUCGCUGCCAAAGAUGAUUCUAACAG